AUGAUUGUUGGAACCCAUAACGGAAACAUUCAUGUUUACUCCGUACCAUUCUUUCAACGCCUUCGAGUUUAUCACGCUCAUUCAGCAAGUGUCGACUCUAUCUCGAUCUCCCCGUUCCCGCCGCCUGCACCCUCAAAAGCCGAUUUCGCACCCAUAGUGCAGACUGGUGGAUCUGGGGCGUCUAUAUCUGAAAGCCCGAAUGGCUCUAAACCACAGCAACAUAACGUAAUCCUACCCACACCGUCAAACUCGAUAUAUAUUGCGACCUCUUCUAUGGACGGAAACGUUUGCGUUGCAUCGCUAGUUGACCCAAAGGAUGUGACCCUCCGUAACUUUGGAAGGCCAGUUAGCGCGGUCGCAUUAUCACCCGAAUACAAAAGUGAUAGGACUUAUAUUUCGGGAGGAAAAUCCGGAAAUCUAGUUCUUACCGUUGGUGGUCGUGUUGGAGCGAGCUCGAACGCGUCACUAGGGGCUGCUAGUCCCACAGGCUGGUUUGGAUCUCUAGGUCUUGGGGGAAACAAUGGAAAAGACAGAGUGUUGCAUAGCGGAGAAGGAGCGAUUAGUUCCAUCAAAUGGUCGAGAUCUGGGAAAUACGUUGCCUGGGUAAAUGAGGAGGGUAUAAAGAUAAUGCGAUCCCACCUGCACUUGGAACAGGCAGAGGUAGAACAUGCUUGGGAGCGGUUUGGCCAUACUGACCGGCCACGGUCACAAAUCUGGGAUGAAAUGGCCGGAGUAUGGAAGCCCAGGGUUGUAUGGAUUGAUGAGGAUUCACUAGAACGCGAUGAUGCAGCUGGUGUACAAGAGGGCGAACCUGUUACUCAAUCACAGCGCCUAAAAGAUAAUGACCCUGAAAAACUCCUUGUCGGUUGGGGAGGGACCAUCUGGAUUAUAAAGGUGUCUCGCGGUGACCAAUCAACGGGUAUUGGAAAGAAGAGGAUUGCCUCUGCUGAAAUUACUACUAAACUACGAACCGAUUGUAUCAUAUCUGGCGUUUCGCUAUAUACCCAAAAUUUAUUGCUUGUUUUGUCAUAUAUCAUACCCGAAGCCGACGAGCCUGGAACACCAUCGAAGCAGGCUGGCCCUGCUCGCGGAAUUCGACGAAGGCAGAAUGGUCUACAACCUGAACUACGCCUUAUAGAUAUUGAAACUGAAGAAGAACUUAGCGGCGACAUCUUGACUGUUAGGAAUUAUGAAAACCUCUCCGCUUCCGACUACCACCUUGAUACACUUCCGAUAAGCCGCAUUGCCUCAUCUAGCCAACGGGGAGCUCUAGAAUUGAUCACGUCCGGGCUUAUUGAUGCCACACUUUACCCAAAGCGGCUCUUUGGUUCCGGUACUAGCACUCGCAGCAUGGCUAGCAGUGCUGAUAGAGGAUCCAGUUUUCAGGCGAUCGGAUCAGCUGAAUAUACCGGCCUACUUCAUGACGGAAAAUACAACAAAGAGAUCGAGCUAGCUGCUACUCUGGGGGUCAGGAUCUUUGUCCAUAGCCCUUACGAUUGUAUAAUCGCUGUCAAAAGGGGCUUCGAGGAUAGGCUGGCGUGGCUUGAUUCUCAUGAUCGAUAUGAAGAAGCUUGGGAGCUACUAGAACAAAACCCAGAAGCUUUUGGUGUAGCUUCAGGCGAGGCAGAGGUAAGCCCGCCAGGAACUCCGACCCCGAGUGCGCCAGGCCCUGUUCCACGACCCAUUCUCGAUAACUCAUCCAUCAAGUCUACUGGCCCCUCCAGUAAUUCAAAGUUAGAGAGGGAAAAGCACCGAAUUGGCGAAUUGUGGCUGAAGCAGCUAGUUAACCAAGGAGAAUGGGAAAAGGCAGGAAAUACCUGUAGCAAAGUCCUUCAGUCUAGUGCAGCUUGGGAUCAUUGGAUCUGUGUUUUCGCACGAAAGGGAAAGUUUGACGAAAUCACUCCCCAUGUGCCGAUUGAUAUCGAACCUCCAUUGCCAUCAUUUGUAUAUGAGGUUAUACUUGGGCACUAUGUCUCUCGUGAUCGGGCCAGGUUCAAUGAGCUAAUAGAGCUCUGGCCAUCCAAUCUUUUCGAAACUGAUAGCGUUACUGCAGCCAUACAAGACCAGCUUAGUUCUAUGAAGGAAGGGACGGAAGACUGGCGAAGUCUCCUAAACUGCCUUGCUAAGCUAUUCUUAGUUGGAGGGCAUUACCGCGAAGCCUUACGAUGCUAUAUUAGGCUUCAGGACGGGGAUGCGGUCAUGAACUUGAUACGAGAGUACCAUCUGCUGGACUCUAUUUCCGAAGACAUACCUGGCUUUAUUUUGCUUCGAGUGUCAAAAAGUCGAAUUAAGACCACCCCCACGUCUGAGCUAGAAGAAGCUACAUCGGAACCUAUCAAGCUCCUUGUACGUGAGGCAGCCAACGGGAUCGUUCAUCCUGAGAUUGUAGUAUCACAACUACAAGAAGCGGAUCUGGGCCUUUUCCUAUACUUCUACCUUCGUGCUCUCUGGAGAGGGGACUUUGUGUCUAAGGAGGGAGAUAAACCUAGUAUCAGAGCACGCGGGCACCACAGGACCGACGCAGAGGCAGGUAAACUAGUUGCAGACGAAGGGAGGGUAUUGAUCGAUGGGUUUGCAGAUACAGUCGUUGAACUAUUUGCAAACUACGAUCGUCCUUUACUCAUGGAAUUCUUGCAAUCCAGCACAUCGUAUUCGUACGACACUGCAUGUUCCAUCUGUGAAAGUCGAAAUUUCACGCCGGAACUUAUUUACCUCUUUUCCAAAACUGGACAAACGAAACGAGCUCUUCAUCUUAUUCUCUCUAGUCUGAAGGAUAUUUCGCACGCCAUCUCCUUUGCCAAAUCUCAGGAUGACCCGGAUCUCUGGGAUGACUUGUUAUCAUACUCAAUGGACAAGCCGCAGUAUAUUCGCGCAUUACUCACAGAGGCAAGCACGGCAAUCGAUCCUAUAAAAUUUGUUAGGAGAAUACCAAGUGGACUUGAGAUCGAAGGCCUGCGAGAAGGACUUACCAGAAUGAUUCGCGAGCACGAUAUCCAAGCUAGCAUAAGUCAGGGAGUGGCAAAAGUGUUAGCAGGAGAAGUGGCUAUUCGUAUGGCCACCUUACGCAAAGGCCAACGGCAAGGAAUGAAAUUUGAUAUUGUCCACGAUGAAACAGAUGGUGUGGAAGGCGCCGAAGGUCAGGACACCGAUAUUCAGCUGGGUGCAAAUGGUGAAACAAUCGAUGAAAAGCAAAAGAGGGAAUCAAAAAUCAUUCCGCCAGGUAAAUGCGCGGGAUGUAAGAAUUCAUUUGUUGAACAAGGUAAAUAUUUUCCGCCACACAAGGCAUACAAUAUCUAUUUCGUCUCCUGGAAGUUCUAA